GAAUCGCGCCAGCACAAUUCCAAUGUCAAUCAAGCCCUUCUUUUUCAUUCUCAUCUCUUUCUACUGUUUGGUAUUCCCAUCUCUUGCCUCUACUGUCAGUAAACAACUUCUCUCCAAUUUCACUCACCCACUCCGGAUCUGUCUCACCACCACCAACUGCAUUUCCAUCAAUUAAUAUCAUCACUAGUACGAAAGCUUUGCUCCGCUUUUACAUCUCUGCAACACCAAUAAUGGCACCCCACAACUGAAGAUGUCAGCAAAAAAAAUUCAUUGAAAGUUCAAGGGUGCUUUUGUGCUUUUGUGGAUUUGAUCGAUAAGAAUACCGAUGAACUGUAGCACUUCAGACGUGGGAAAGUGGAAAUCCCCAUGAACAGGCCGCUCAGAUUGAAUUACCAAUGUUCUCACAUCUAUUUAGAUAUUAUGCCGGCGAGUUAAAUUGAAUUUUACUUGUGGGCUAGAUCUCCCAACAUUGAAGCAGACACAGAGGUGGUGGUGUUGUGCCGACACUCCCUCAGUUAGAUGGGAGAAUAAGACGUUUACUUUCUAUAUUUGAGUUUUCAAAAACCCCAAGGAUAUUAAUUCAGCCUUCUUAAACUUUCUAGUUGUUUAUAGUCUGCUUACAUCGUUCUUUAGCCUUUUAUUAGUUAUUUCAACAGUGAGAUGGAUACUUUUGUUCGCAAGUUCUUUCCCAAGCAUGAAUCACCUGGCGCUGCGUUCAGGCUUUCUAAUGAGUGCGAGACAUCAACUUUCUUUGAUGCAAUCACGCGUACGAAGCAAGAAGAAAUACACCAAGUUAGUCGCUACACUGCCUCGCAGUCGAUGACACCAGCCGCUAUGCAGAAUAUACGUGGGAUGAAUCAGCAGGCAUGGUCGAGGCACAUGGCCUUGAUGAAAACUUGGAAUUGGGGCGACAAUCAUGUCACGCUGUUGAUUAAUGCUUUAAGAUUCGUGUUUUUGCGGGAACUUACUGCAGAUGCUGGCAACAAUCUGAAUGUUGCUUUGUCUAACUUGAUUGACGGCCGAAUCACUAUUGACCGCAACCAAUAUUUUACCUUUGACUACCCGGCCACUAACGAGUGGGAGUGGCCAUGUGGGACUGCUGACGAUGCUUUGCCAGCUUUCACACACUUGACAGCUGCUACACUGGCAGACGAAACUCCGGUGAUGGAUUUGCGCGGCCUCAGUCAACAAGAGGCCGCCUUCAUGCUAUUGAUGACUGGCACAUGGAGGCGCCGGUCUAGGUACAGGCUGGAUUUUGCGUUGCCACGUUUGGUUGAAAAAUUGCAGUUUCGUCAUGCUACGGAUGUUGGCACUUUCAACUUUACUGAAGCAUAACCAGAUCCUCGACUUCCAGCACCACCCCUGGCAACUAAGGAGCUCGCUUGGGGAGCACUGAGGAGAUAUGUCACGCAGAACAGGCUGUACGGGCAAUUCAGUACAGCCUUGUACAUGGUAUGCGCGAUGGCUUACCAGUUCUUGCCACCAACAGCUGAAGGUACUUACUGGCUCUCGCUUGAAUGGAAAGCUUCACUGCCUGCUUUUCAUCCUAUCCGCGGAAGGUAUGUUCUUUUAAACGAAGGGGAGUCGCUUAAGGUAAAAAAAGGGGCUUUAUCUGAAUGGAACUUCAUCAACAACCAAAUUGAGAAGGUGAAUUUGAUGGCUUUGAUAUUUAGCCAGGCUGCGCACACCGGUCUGGCAGUUAAAUCGACUCGACGCAGCCUGGAAGACAAUCCGUCUGAUCUCUACAAUAAGGAAGGCGACUUUUAUUCAGCCAUCAAUAUGUUUUCAGCGGCCGCUUCGGAAUGUGCUCAAUCACAGGCGCCGGUUUCUGGAAUGUCUGAUGUCUACCUUUACUGCACAGAGGAUUUCGAGCGACAUUCUACUACUCGCCAUGUAGUGACCACCAACUCUGCUCAAGACGACCUUGCGGGUCAUGAUUCUGAGGUAGUAUGUGUGGGGGAAGAUAGCCAGGUCCGCUUGUUAGUUAGGUGGAUGCCGCUACCGGGGGCUCCUCUACUGCUACUACCAUUGAACUGCUUUCCAUACAAGACUCCGUUUGAACUGAAAGGGAAACUUGAUCCGGCUGACGGCGAACCACAUUGUAAUCAUUGGUCUGUUAAGUGGCAUAAAGCAUGGGAAGUCGCUCAUCUUUACAACCUGGUGAGAUAUUCACUUUGUUACUCUGAUGACAACGGAGUGGCAGGGCCUACAUCAUUUAUAAGCCCAUUGGCGACUCAUUUCACUUGGCCUGUCAUGCGCAAACCUGACCACCAGGACAUGAAGGCUCGUAUAAGUGGCAGGACUGAACCAAGCAGAGGUCGUUCUUGAGAUAGUUAAUGUUGCGACAACGUUCUUUGAGAAGGUGAUGGACUACGAGACGGAAGUUCUGGAGCGUGGAGUGGCGGCUGGGACAGGAGUGCGCGCCGCGUUGGUUUCAGACUACGGUGCCGCGGUCAUAGUGUCGCUGGAGUUUCCGGGCGAGAUCAAAGUCUCUCCAGGUGCUGCUAGGUAUCGGAGAUGGAUAAUGAGUCAGGACGGUCCUGAGUUCACUUUUAGCACACCUGAUCCUGUAGUUUUUCCUCCUGAGUGGGAGAUGGAUAGGUAGAACCGAACGAGUGAUGUUGAAUUUGGAUAGGAGGCUUGCUCCAGUUUUACAUCUCUGCAGCGCCAUUUAUAGCAGCUGCAGACAAUGUUAUUAACUUGAUCAAAUUGUGAGUUCUUAGUAAUUUAAACUUGUUAGUUUGAUUUUACUUGUUGUAUAUUAACUUGAAAGUAUAUAAAUGUAAUGGUUCUUGUUUCUC